CCCCCACGACUCCCCCAUCAACUGGAUUUUGCUGGCACAAUUUCUUCCCCAUUCCCCAUUCCGAUCCCACGGUCCUGGAGACCGUUCCCGAAGCACCCGCGUUCUCCCGGCUCUUUUGGCCUUUUAACCGCGACCACACGUGCUUCGGACCGGGCUGGAAGUUAAAAGGACGCCCCGGGCUGCGGCGGACCCCACGGAUCGCCUCUUGAAACUCCUUCGCGGGGUUGCAGAGCGAAGACGCGUGGGAAAAGCCUCUGGGUGUAUUUGCGAAAUCGACUGGCUUUCGCUGCAGCGCCGAAGAUGGCGAGGAGCAUCGCCGGACAACUCGCCCUCUUCUUAGGUUUCGCCAUCCAUCUGCAGCCGGUCCACCCCGCUGAGCCGGAGCCCGAGCGAUCGCCCAUUCCCGCAGAUGAACUGUUAAUUUUCACUGUUGCGACCAAGGAAAGAGAUGGCUACCACCGAUUCAUGCAAUCAGCAAAGCAUUUCAACUACACAGUGAAGGUCCUUGGUCAAGGUGAAGAAUGGAAAAGUUCAGAAACUGUAAACUCAAUUGGAGGUGGUCAGAAAGUACGCCUGUUGAAAUCUGCGCUGGAAAUGUAUGCUGAUCGGGAAAAGUUGGUGGUUAUGUAUCUUGACUGCUAUGAUGUUAUAUUUGCUGGGGGACCUGAGGAGUUGUUAAGGAAGUUCCAGCAAGCUAAUCACAAAGUAGUAUUUGCAGCUGAUGGCCGGAUAUGGCCGGAUAAAAGACUGUCAGAUAAAUAUCCAGUUGUUCGCAGUGGAAAACGAUUCCUUAAUGCAGGAGGAUUUAUUGGUUAUUCUCCAUCUGUAAACAGCAUUGUACAACAGUGGGACCUCCAAGAUAAUGAUGACGAUCAGCUUUUUUAUACCAAAAUAUAUAUUGACCCACUGAAGAGGGAACAUAUUAAUAUCACCUUGGAUCACAAGUGCAACAUUUUCCAGACUCUAAAUGGAGCUGUUGAUGAAGUUCUUCUGAAGUUUGAAGAAGGAAGAGGUCGAGCUUGGAACUCAGUGUAUGAUACUAUGCCAGUCACUCUUCAUGGAAAUGGCCCAACUAAACUUAAUCUCCACUACUUUGGAAAUUAUAUACCCAAUGGCUGGACUCGUGAAUCUGGAUGUGGUGUCUGUGAUUCAGAUUUACUAGAUCUAGACACACUUCAGGAGAUUCCAAAAGUAACAAUUGGUGUUUUCAUUGAACAACCAACUCCUUUCCUGCCUAGAUUUUUAGACAUAUUGUUGAAUCUGGACUAUCCAAAGGAAAAACUUAGCUUCUUCAUUCAUAAUAAUGAAGUUUACCAUGAAAAGCAUAUCAAGAGAUUUUGGGAAAAAGCCAAACAUAUGAUCAAACCUAUAAAAAUUGUUGGACCUGAAGAAUACCUGAGUCAAGCUGAUGCUAGGAACAUGGGAAUGGAUAUCUGUCGGCAGAAUAAAGAAUGUGACUAUUAUUUCAGCAUAGAUGCAGAUGUCGUUUUAACAAAUCCAAAGACUUUAAAACUCCUCAUAGAACAAAAUAGAAAGAUGAUUGCUCCUCUUGUAACACGUCAUGGGAAACUCUGGUCCAACUUUUGGGGUGCACUAAGUGCUGAUGGAUAUUAUGCUCGAUCUGAAGACUAUGUGGAUAUUGUCCAAGGAAACAGAAUAGGUGUAUGGAAUGUCCCUUUUGUAGCUAAUAUAUACUUGAUCAAAGGACAGACUCUGAGAUCUGAGCUGAAAGACAGAAACUACUUUGCACGUGACAGACUGGAUUCUGACAUGGCCCUCUGCAGAAAUGUCAGGGAAAUGAACUUGCAAAGGGAAAAAGACUCCCCUUCUGUGGAAACAUUCCAUAUGCUCAGACCCCCAAAGGGUAUCUUUAUGUACAUCACUAACAGACAUGAAUUUGGAAGACUUUUAUCAACUGCGAACUACAAUACUUCUCACCACAGUAAUGAUCUCUGGCAGAUUUUUGAAAAUCCUGUGGACUGGAAGGAAAUCUACAUAAAUCCCAACUAUUCAAAAAUCUUCACUGAAAAUAUAGUUGAGCAGCCAUGCCCAGAUGUGUUUUGGUUCCCCAUAUUUUCUGAAACAGCUUGUGACGAACUGGUUCAAGAGAUGGAACAUUUCGGCCAAUGGUCUGGUGGAAAGCACCAUGACAGUCGCAUUGCUGGAGGAUAUGAAAAUGUUCCAACUGAUGACAUCCACAUGAAACAAGUUGGCCUGGAAAAAGUAUGGCUACACUUUAUUAGAGAGUUCAUAGCACCUGUUACACUAAAAGUAUUUGCUGGCUACUAUACAAAGGGUCAUGCCUUGCUGAACUUUGUUGUGAAAUACACUACUGAAAGACAGCGUUCCCUCAGACCUCAUCAUGACUCAUCUACAUUUACCAUCAACAUUGCUCUCAACAAAGUUGGAGAAGACUUUCAAGGAGGUGGAUGUAAAUUUCUGAGGUACAACUGCUCAAUUGAAUCACCCAGGAAAGGAUGGAGUUUCAUGCAUCCAGGAAGACUUACUCAUUUGCAUGAAGGACUUCCCAUUUUGAAAGGAACAAGAUACAUUGCAGUAUCAUUCAUUGAUCCUUAAUUUUAUUUCCCUGGCCACUUACAAAGUUUGGCAAUCAAUGACAAACUCUUAUUUAUGAUUCUUCUCCCAGAAGAUGGUGACAAAAGAAGCUUCUUCUAGACAACUAUGCUUUACUUCAGGCUAAAAUAUUGGGGAAGGAAAGGAAUCAGCACUUGCAAUAAACUGCUCUGAGCCUUGAGUUGCAAAGUAAAUAAUAAUGAUAAUAAUAAUUCUUAUCUCCCUUUUUGUUUUAAAGGGAGAGAAGAUUCCCUGAUACAGACAAUCUAUAAAGCAUUUUUCAUCCAUAACAUUAUGAAUAAAUAUCAAGGUGCAUAUCUUGAGAAGAAAAAAGCAUUGGCUAAAUAUGAAUUAUAUUCUAAGAAAUAAAUACUUUAUAGAUAAAUGAAAAAUAUUGGCAAAAAUGUAUAUGAUUUAUUAGAGUACUAUGCAGUGACUCUAAAAGAAGAAAUGAAGCAAUAGGAAGUCUUUUCUGCUUCGCUAAAGUCCAUUAAUUGGACUGAGCUAUUCUGAAAAUAACUUUUUGCACCAACUCAGCUGUGGCAGUCCAAGUCCUUUUUAUGGAAACUUUUCGGUACCAACUUGUCAUAAAAACCAAAUUUUCUACUCUUAUUUAAAACUACUUGAAUUUUGUAUGAAAUCAAAAACGUUGAAGUUGCUCUUUUAAAAACAUGCAGGGUUUUUUGCCUUUUUUUUAAGGAAUCAGUUUUAAAUAAUUCCUGCUGUGCCUACUGUUUGUAAUUUAAAGGUUACACUUGAAAAAUGCUAAAACCAUGAAACCUGAGGUGCUAAAAUAAAUGCACAUGUUUUUAAGUCUUAAAGGAAAAUAAAGAACUUUUAAAUUAA